AUGGAAGUGGGCACCAUUAAUGACAUGGAAGUGGGCACCAUUAAUAACAGGUGCCAUGCUACAGAAUUUGGUUCCAUAGCUGAAAGUGAAGAUGCGCUCCUCAGACACUUGUUCCAAGGUUAUCAGAAAUGGGUUCGCCCUGUGUUAAAUUCUAAUGACUCCAUAAAAGUUUUUUUCGGAUUGAAAAUAUCUCAGCUUGUGGAUGUGGAUGAAAAGAAUCAGUUGAUGACAACAAAUGUGUGGCUCAAACAGGAAUGGACAGACCACAAACUACGCUGGAAUCCUGAUGAGUAUGGUGGCAUUCAUUCAAUUAAAGUUCCCUCAGAAUCUCUCUGGCUUCCUGACAUAGUUCUCUUUGAAAAUGCCGAUGGACGUUUCGAGGGCUCCCUCAUGACCAAGGUCAUUGUGAAAUCCAAUGGAAGUGUCACUUGGACUCCUCCUGCCAGUUACAAAAGUUCAUGCACCAUGGAUGUUACAUUUUUCCCCUUUGACCAACAGAACUGCUCUAUGAAGUUUGGAUCCUGGACUUAUGAUGGUACUAUGGUCGACCUCAUUUUGAUAAAUGAAAAUGUUGACAGGAAAGACUUCUUUGACAAUGGAGAAUGGGAAAUACUAAAUGCAAAAGGGAUGAAAGGAAACAGAAGAGAAGGUUUAUAUUCUUACCCAUUUAUUACCUAUUCUUUUGUCCUGAGACGCCUGCCUUUAUUUUAUACACUUUUCCUGAUAAUCCCUUGCCUGGGGCUAUCUUUUCUCACAGUUCUUGUGUUCUAUUUACCUUCAGAUGAAGGAGAAAAACUUUCCUUAUCAACGUCUGUGUUGGUAUCUCUGACCGUUUUUCUUUUAGUAAUUGAAGAAAUAAUCCCAUCUUCUUCAAAAGUCAUCCCUCUCAUUGGAGAGUACCUAUUGUUUAUUAUGAUUUUCGUCACUCUGUCAAUCAUUGUUACCGUUUUUGUAAUUAAUGUUCACCACAGAUCAUCUUCCACCUAUCAUCCCAUGGCCCCCUGGGUGAAGAAGCUGUUUCUACAAAAACUUCCUAAAUUGCUUUGCAUGAAGGAUCAUGUAGAUCGCUACUCUUUCCCAGAUAAAGAGGAGAGUCGAACAGUAGUGAAAGGUAAAGUCUUGGGCAAAAAGAAACAGAAGCAGAUUAGUGAUGGAGAAAAGGUUCUGAUCACUUUCUUGGAAAAAGCUGCAGAGUCUAUCAGAUAUAUUUCAAGGCACGUGAGAAAGGAACAUUUCAUCAGCCAGGUUGUGCAAGACUGGAAAUUUGUGGCUCAAGUUCUCGACCGAAUCUUCCUGUGGCUCUUUCUGAUAGUGUCAGUUACAGGGUCGGUGCUGAUUUUCACCCCUGCUUUGAAGAUGUGGUUAAAUAGUUACCAUUAGAAACAUGUCUCCAAGGCCAUUUAAAAGCCAUAAAACUAAAUU